AAAUUGACCAGGGUUCCUACACUCUCUGCAGCUCAGAUUCUAAUCCGGGGUUUUCAGCAUCAGGUGUAGGCAGCCAAUUGGGCCGUCUGAGCGCCGUGCAUCCUGGGAGCUGUAGUUUCCCGCCCCUCCGCCCGACUACAAGUGGAGCCGCUGGAGGACGGUUGCUUGGGGUUAUUAGCAAGCGGGAAGUAUGGCGGCAGCGCGUGUGGACGCGGCUUUGCCUCCUGGAGAAGGGUUAGUGGUCAAUUGGUCAGGGAAGGGGCUACAGAAAUUAAGUGCAAACUUACCCUGUGAAGCUGACAUUCAUACUUUGAUUUUGGAUAAAAAUCAGAUUAUCAAAUUGGAAAAUCUUGAGAAAUGCAGUCGAUUAAUACAGUUGUCAGUGGCUAAUAAUCGGCUGGUACGGAUGAUGGGUGUGGCCAAACUGACCCAACUCCGGGUAUUAAAUUUGCCUCAUAAUAGCAUUGGCUAUGUGGAAGGGCUAAAGGAACUAGUACAUUUGGAGUGGCUGAAUUUGGCAGGAAAUAAUCUCAAGGCCAUGGAGCAAAUCAAUAGCUGCACAGCUCUACAGCACCUCGAUUUAUCAGAUAAUAACUUACCCCAGAUAGGUGAUAUAUCUAAGUUGGUAUCACUGAAGACCCUGCUUUUACAUGGAAACAUCAUCACCUCUCUUAGAAUGGUACCGGCUUAUCUACCGAGAAGUCUCGCUAUCCUUUCUUUGGCGGAAAAUGGAAUUCGGGACUUAAAUGAGAUCUCUUUUUUGGCAUCCUUAAGUGAAUUGGAACAGUUGUCGAUCAUGAGCAAUCCUUGUGUGAUGGCAACACCUUCCAUUCCAGGGUUCGACUAUCGGCCGUACAUCGUCAGCUGGUGCUUAAACCUCAGAGUCCUGGAUGGAUAUGUGAUUUCUCAGAAAGAAAGUUUGAAAGCUGAAUGGCUCUAUAGUCAAGGCAAGGGGAGAGCAUAUCGGCCUGGCCAGCAUGUCCAGCUUGUCCAGUAUCUAGCUCUGGUCUGUCCUCUUACUUCUACACUGGGUCUUCAAACAGCAGAGGAUGCCAAGCUAGAGAAGAUUCUGAGCAAGCAGAGGUUUCAUCAGAGGCAGUUAAUGAACCAAAGCCAAAAUGAAGAGUUGUCUUGUCUUCCUCCUACUGAAACAAAGGCACCAGAGCAUUCAAGCCCCCUUCAAGAUUGCCAGACAGUCCAGGAGUGCGACCCCGUCAUCCAAGUAAAUUCUUGGGUUGGGAUAAGCAGUAAUGAUGAUCAAUUAUAUGCCGUUAGGAGUAACUUUCCAGCCUCUCUACAUACUACAAAGUAUUCUCGAAAUGACCUGCACCUGGAAGACAUACAGACAGAUGAGGACAAGUUGAACUGUAGUCUUCUCUCUUCAGAGUCUACUUUUAUGCCGGUUGCAUCAGGGCUCUCCCCAGUAUCACCUACAGUUGAGCUGCGGCUACAAGACAUUGACUUGGGCCUAGAAGAUGGUACAAAUGACGCCGUGAAAGGGCAGGAAGACCAGGAAUUGGGUACAGAAGAGGAAAAAGCUUUGUGGGCUACAAACGAGAAUUCUGUUCAAAUGAUGAAAAGUGCAGUCAGUGCAGAGGUCAGUGAGAAAGAUGGGCUGGUACCUUGCCCUGAGCUAGCAGUAGCCAGUGCUCUCUCGAAAGUUGACAUGCACAGCCUUUUAUCUUCUCCUGAGCCAGUUGGACACAGUGUCUUACAUGCAAAACCAGACAGAAAAGAAACCAUAUCUGAAACUGCUUCAGAAGAACUUCCUUGCAGGGCUUUCCCCCAGAGCUCUGUUGCUUUGGGACAAGAUCAAGUUGCCCUUCAGAAACUGAAUGAAGCAGCCACCACACUGCAGGCCUGUUGGCGGGGCUUUUAUGCCAGGAACUAUAGCCCUCAAGCUAAAGGCGUGCGCUAUGAAAUCCGGCUGCGCAGAAUGCAGGAGCACAUUGUCUGCCUCACCGACGAAGUAAGGAGAUUAAGAAAAGAAAGAGAUGAAGAACGUAUUAAAAAUUUUGUACAAGAAGAGGCUGUCAAAUUCCUUUGGAACAAUAUUACAGUAAGGUCUCUGCAAGCUUGGCAGCAGACCGUGGACCAGCGUCUAAGUUCCUGGCAUACCGAUGCUCCUCCUGUAUCAACUACUCUGGUGCCAUCUGAACCUCCAUUAUUCCCCCACAGCCAGGAGCCCUCUUCUGAUCAAAAUUUGGACUGGUUUGUUGCUCCUGAUGAAGCUCCUCAAAAGAAAUCCUUACCGGAAUUUCCAGACUCUGGUUUUCAUUCCUCCCUAGCAGAAGAAGUUCACUGUUUGCAGGAUUCUUUGGAUUUUGAAAAAAGUUCCCGAGAAAGCACUGAAAGUUCGAUAAUAGGGAAUUCUACUGACACAGUCAGGCAUCGCAGAAAGUCAGGAAUAGCGGACGUUAGCGAAGAACAUGGUGAGUGGAGUAAGGAAAGCUCAAGCAGUGAGCAGGAUAAUAAUCUGCUUGAACAGUAUUUAACUUCAGUUCAACAGCUGGAAGACUCAGAGGAGAGGACAAAUUUUGCUGAAGGGGCAGGAGAUAGUACGCUUCACAUAGCUCAAUCCCCUGAAAAGUUAGAUGCCUUGUCUGACAAUGCUUCUGUAGAUGGUACUCAUGUCAUAUCUCCUGCUUUGCAAGAUGAAACCAGCCAGACACCAGAGGAUCGUAAAUUAAAUGCGGAAGUUGAAGGGCAGCAGUCAGAGUGUGAUUCUGCAUUUCAGGUAUUGCAUGUUGGUAUUACUGUAUAGCAUGCCUGGGUGCUUUGGAAGCAGAAUCCACUUAAUUUUUCUUAGGAAUAUUUUCAGUUGCUUUUCUUUCUUUCUUUUUUUUUUUUUGAAGGGGAGUUUGAAUAUACCCUCACUUUUGUUAUUAUUUAUAUAGAAUGUAUAUUCUUGUCUCAUAUUUUCCAUAUUCUAGAUACUGAAGUCAAUCUUCAUAUCGACUGGGUUAGCCUUUUUUACUUAGCUGUAAUGUAUCAAGCAAUAUUUAUAUUGGAAGCUAUAGGCACUUUAUUUCUUAACUGAUUGCAUCAGUAGUGUUUCUGCUUUUUUAUGUAUUCAUUUGCUUUCAAAAAUAUAUUAGAAUAUCUUAAAUAAGAUAGAAAAAUUUACCUUAAAGAUAUAAAUAAGAGAAUUUGACUCCUCUGUGUGAGGAAAUUGUGUGGUUAAGAAUGCAGUUAGUUAAAAUAAAGGUAAACAACAUAUGUGAGGAUUGUGAAGUAUUGAAAUUUGCCAGCCUGCUUCGGGGAAGACCUUGUGUUUUAAGCCUUUUUUCCUCCCUUAUGAGUCAAGGAAAACUUUUUUAUAGACAAAUAGGGGAAGAAGGUAAGAUUAUAGAAUUUUUCAGUAGGGAUGAUUAAAUUGUCUCAUGGAAAACUUUAGUGUAUAUCAUGUAUCAGUUUUAACAUAUGAAGCCAAAUGUUCCACCAUAAUUAAAAUCAAGCUUAUUUAAAGAGGCAAUAUAAGAAUAUUUCUCUCAGAUAAUGAAGAAAGCAAAUACACUAGGCUUUAUUCAUUUGGAAAAAUGUCAUGACAAACAUUUGUUAUCUUUUCAUUCAGUCCUUUUUUUUUACCUCACAGAUAAGCAUGUGUGUGCCAAUAUAUUGCCAGAAAUUCAUGUCUGUUCAUCUUGUAUACUGCUUUAUAUUUGCAUUUGUAUUUCAGCAGAAGAUCUGUGUCAUUUAGUUCAUGUUUGAUUUCUGUGUCUUAAUGAAGAACAUUUAAAAUGAUACUAGUGGUAGAAUAUGGUGACUUUUUUUUAAGAACUAUUUUCUAUCUAAAUCUCUGAAAAAGGUGCCACAUUUGCAAGCCAGUUUAACAGUGAAUAAAAAGAAAUAAACCUCACUUAUUUUUACUUGUUAAAAAGAAUAUAUAUCUGUAACUCUGGGAAGAAGUGAUAAUAUUGUGUUUGAAUAUUACAAGUACAUGUAUAUGCAAAUCAAGGAUGAUUUUUUGGAAGCUUGGUAUUUUAAUCUUUGAGAAUGUUCUAAUACAAUUAAACAGUUCAUAUCUGAUUUUCCCCAAUCUGUGGACAUACAACUAUUUGAAAUGAAGGCAAUACUUAUUCUCUAAAUUUAGGUGCUAGAUACCUAUUUAUUCUGUGGCAGUCGUAGGUCCCCUUCUUUAAAGUUACAUAUAAUAAAAACUUCUGAUCCUUCAAGAAUAAGUUCAGGGAUCACAUGUUAUUCUUUGCUGAUAGUUAGAAACAUUUCUCCAGUAUGGGUUAGAUGUAUUUUUCUCGGUUUGUACAUAUGUAGCACUCAGGUUAAGAAGACUUGAAUUUCAUUCUCAGAAAUCCAAAAUCUCUUGAAAAGGAAUUAUUUUCUAUCUCUUAUAAACUGAACAGCAGUCUUAUGUUCAAAAGUAUUUUUCCUAGUGAAGCUUGUGUAAUGUUGAAAGCAUGUUAAAUAAAAAUAGAAUUUUUUGCUUUUUGAAUAAUGCUAAUUAUCUUUUAUGAAUGAUUUUUAAUUUCUUCUUAAAUAGUCCCUAUUUUUCUAUUUUACAGUUAAGUGCCUCAUUGCUGCCCAUUGUUAGACAAAGAAAAAUCAAAUUGCACUGCACUGGUUCCAAAAAUGCUGCUUCAUGAUUCAUUAAUUUCUCAAUACAGCUCCUGAAAUGUCCUGGUUUAGUAUUGCUUAAGUAGGUUAAGGUUACUGCCGACAUCUUGUCCCUCUUCUCUUUUUUUAAGAAAUGGCAAAACACAGCUAUAGUCAUUUGAGCAUGAGCAUUUGUCAGUAAGAUUUCCUUUUUUACCUUUCCUUUGUUUUUCUAGCAUAUAAAUAGUAUUUAGCAUACUUUUAUUUGAAAAUUGACAGACUAGCCCAGCCAGUGUUCUCAGUGGUUGAGCAUG